GUCAUAUUAAAAACGUCAUUACAAUUCAAUAAUUUCAAAGUUUUUCGCAACUUCCAAAGCAAAGCUAGUUUGGUUGUUUAUUUGAUAUAAUAUCAACUUACACAUAAUUUUCAACUUGCUGACUUCGAAAAAUGGAUGCAGCGAGUGUGAAGGCGGAACCCUCGAAUGAGGAAACGCAGGAGGUCGAAAACGAAGACGAGAUCGCGCCAAAGCCCGCAGAACCGCAUAACGGCCAUGAUUCUUGGACCGAACUAGAUUCGUCAGACGGUUCAGACAUCUCCGACUUCUUCGAUUCAGAAACGGACUCGGAGCCGGAGUGGGACAGUGAAUCAGAGUCUGAUGAUGAAGAACCAUCACCUCCUGUGUCUUCGGCCUCAACAGCUUCGUCAGAAGUGUGGAGCGACGACGCGCGAACUGCCAACGUGUGUAUGUUCCAAUUGCAACCCGGACUUAAGGAAAUUGCACAAUCCCCAGUAGAUUUUCUAAACUUGAUGUUCCAAAAACCGUUGUUUGAAAGUCUAGUAAAAAAUAUUAACCAGCACGGAACAAAACUGCUGAACGAAAACCGCAUACGACAAUGGAAUGAUGUGACAAUAAAAGAGUUCCGCAUCUUUUUAGGAUUAUUACUGAACGUCGGAACUAUAAACACGAACGUAGCGGCAGACUUCUGGAAACAAGAUCGAGGCAUAUACCUUCCUAAAAAUUAUAUGACUGAAAAGAGAUUUUCGAUCAUACUUAAAUGUCUCAAUUUCGCGGAAGAGAUCUCUGAGAAAAAAAACAGAAUGUCCAAAGUGUCUUUAAUAGUCAAUUACUUUAACAAUGUGAUGAAAAAUGUGGUCACCCCUGAAAAGAUACUGUGCAUAGAUGAGUCUAUGGGACCGUUUUAUGAAAAUUUAUAUUUAUUGACAGAUCAACACAGUCUUGUGCAUAAAUUAUUAAUAUACAAAGGCAUAGAUCAGGAUGAGUUAGAAGAAAUGACGAAACGUGAGCGUGAUGAGCUUAUACAUACUCGCGCUAACGAUGCGGUGAAAAAUUUGCUCGAAGACAAACUUGAUGUCGGACAUUCUUUGUUCAUGGACAGUGAUUACAACUCUUUAGGACUCGCAAAGUUCUUAGUGGCACGAAACACACAUGUAACUGGCACCUUGAAACGCAAACGAGAAGGAAACCCACCAGAAAUAAUCGAGAAAGAAUUGAAUAUGAAUAUAGACGAUAAAAUUACUAAAUACAACCCGGAUGGUAUCAGUGUUAUGAUAUGGAAAGAGAGUGUUGGUCACCAUGUUGUAAUAAUAUCUUCAGAGCACGGCAGCGAAUGGCGAGAACACGUCAACAAAUAUAACAAAUCUGUUAAAAAGCCAGCAUGUGUUUGGGAAUUCAAAAAAUACAGGGAUGGCGUAAGAACACACGACGAAAUGAUGGCCGACUAUUAUUAUUUGCCGGAGAAAUUGGCGUGGCACAAGAGAGUGGGGAUUCAUAUAUUGCAGAUGUUGUUUCUGAAUGCGUACAAUUUGUACAAAAGGUACGGGGAGAAGCCUCCGCUUAAAAGGUUGCUGAAGUUCAGGCAGGUUGUGAUAGGUUAUCUUCUAUCAGGUGGUGAUUCAGAUUCAGUUUAAUUUUUCACGACAAUGUUUUAUUUUUGUUAUAAAAU